AAGACCGGGAAGACCCCGCGGCGCAAACAUCGGGGAGAUACGCAUCGUGGUGCACGUAGUAUAAAGUGAGGCAGUGAGGCAGUGUAGCUUAGCUUAAGGUCAUAUACGUCGACUUGAAUCCCAAACAUUUCAUCCAAGUCUCUCAACAUGAAGUUCACGAUCCUUACUGCCCUCUUAGGCUUUGCCUCUCUCGCUGUCUCCGCCCCUGCACAACUUGUCGAACGACAGGGAACUCUCGAACAAGUCACAGACAGCUACAUGUUCGACAUUUCCAUCGCAGAGUUCAUCGCCAACCGUAAUGGCAAGGUCGGUCCUCCGGAACUAAACUGGGAGAGCAAUGGAUGCACGGCGAGUCCGGAUAAUCCGUUCGGAUUUGACUUCCUCAACUCCUGCUAUCGCCAUGACUUUGGCUACCGCAACUACAAACAACAAGGCCGCUUCGAUGCGAUGAAGGCGCGUACCGACGAUAACUUCAAAACGGACAUGUUCAACCAGUGUGCGACUGAGAGCGCGAAAGGACCGUGUGAGGCGACUGCUACGUUGUACUAUGAGGCUGUCAAGGCGUUUGGGAAGAGGGAAGAGGAAACGAUGGAGUAGACGAAGGAUGUAUGAUUGAAUGUCAUGGUGUCAUGUUAGAGAGUAUGCUUCAGUAUGAAAUGAUGGUCUCCAGUCCCGGUCGUAAUCGAUAAGCCACCCUCGGCGCCUUCCCCCAACAGCGCCAAUCCCAGUACCCUCAUCAACCUUCCAAUCAACAACGUCAUGCCCUCAGGGUCCAAAACGACCGCUCAAACCCCGAAAUAGCCCUCUCCCUACUUCCAUCUGACAUUUCCACAACUUUCCACAAUGCAUCACCCUAACCCUUUCCCACUUGCCCUAACGCGUCAUACCCCCCGACCCCGACCGAGGUCAUCCGAAGUCGCAGACCCUGUGAUGCAUGCGCGUGGGCUC